CUCCUCCUCAAAUCGUGGCUCUUCCUCACUUAUGUCUACUUGUUCAUCUACAUCUUGCUCUCUUCCGGCGUCAUUUUGUACAACAAGUGGGUUCUUUCGCCCAAAUACUUCAACUUUCCCCUCCCCAUUACGCUCACCAUGAUCCACAUGGGGUUUUCUGGGGCGGUUGCAUUUGUCCUCGUGAGGGUCUUUAAGAUUGUGACUCCCGUCAAAAUGACAUUUGAAAUAUAUGCAACUUGUGUGGUACCAAUAAGUGCUUUCUUUGCAUCAAGUCUUUGGUUUGGUAACACUGCCUACUUGCACAUCUCUGUGGCUUUUAUCCAGAUGCUCAAAGCUCUGAUGCCGGUGGCAACUUUCCUUAUGGCUGUUUUGUGCGGUACUGACAAAGCAAGGUGUGAUGUGUUCUCGAACAUGUUGCUGGUCAGUGUUGGAGUUGUCAUUUCCUCCUAUGGGGAAAUUCAUUUUAAUAUAGUUGGUACAGUUUACCAGGUCACAGGCAUCUUUGCAGAAGCUUUAAGACUGGUCUUAACGCAAGUUCUUCUGCAGAAAAAGGGGUUGACAUUAAAUCCUAUUACAAGCUUAUAUUACAUAGCUCCGUGCAGUUUUGUGUUUCUCUUUGUGCCUUGGUACCUACUGGAGCAGCCUGUGAUGGAAGUUUCACAGAUUCAGUUUAAUUUUUGGAUCUUCUUUUCCAAUGCAGUAUGUGCUCUAGCCUUGAAUUUCUCCAUUUUCUUAGUCAUUGGUAGAACUGGUGCUGUAACCAUCCGGGUCGCUGGUGUGCUUAAAGACUGGAUAUUGAUAGCUCUUUCAACUGUUAUAUUUCCUGAAUCUACAAUAACCGGGUUGAAUAUCAUUGGCUAUGCUAUUGCACUAUGUGGAGUUGUGAUGUACAAUUACAUAAAAGUUAAGGAUGUCCGUGCCUCUCAAUUGCCUGUUGAAAGUAUACCUGAUCGGAUCUCAAAGGACUGGAAAUUCGAAAAGAAGUCUUCUGAUAUUUAUGUGCCAGAUAACAUCGGUGACAAUGAGGGAAGCAGUGGAGGCAAUGGUUCUGCUUCUGACAUGAACAUUGAUGAAGAAGCACCACUAAUUUCAUCAUCAAGGUUAUCCCAUAUUGGACGUACGCAGCUAACAAACCAUGCAAUAGGAAAGUGAAAAGCUAAAUACAAGAUUAUUUUAGAGUACCCUUUUGAAAAAAGAACUAGAAAGGGGAAGCUGAGUGAAAUGCACCCCUAUUCCACUCAUUCUUUUUAGGCAGUAGGAUUUAUAAUGAUAUCAUAUGCUUGUUCUUUGUAAUUACUUGCCUGUGUAGAAUGCAUCAUUUCUGAUUUACCCUUCUGAAUUAUGGUUUUUGUCAAUAGAUAGGAGACAGAUUGGCCUCUGUAUAUCCAGGUCUCCUGGUUGGGAAGCCCAGUUAUUUAAUUAUUCCUUAAGUUAAUGAAUGCAACUUUCUAAAUCUAGUCAC